UUUUUUAAUUCUUCUUCAAAACUAUGAUUCGAAAUUCAUAUCGAGGGGUUGGGAAGUGAGAUUAAGAUGUAGUGAAACAAACAGCUUUGUUAGUGCAACGAGCAGCGGCGAGCAAAAAUGCUUGGUGCUGCUUCCUUGAACAUCUUUUCCUCUCCUCCGCCUGUUCCUCCCAAUCACAACAACGCCAUAAACCGCAUUCCAUCUCUUCCAGUCACCCCUUUCAGAAAGCGCGUUGGCAAGGAAGAAGAAAAUUGCAGAAAACAGGGUGGCAAUGAAGAAGAACAGGCAGGACGAGGCGGGAAUGGAAAAGGAAAGGGGAAACAAGUGUACAAACAUAAAGGCUGGUACACCACGAAGGUCGGGGAGGAGAAAGGCGUGACAAUUGGAGAGGAGGGGGUGGCAUACAAAGUGGCGGGGGCGCCAUUCGAGUUCAAAUUCAGCUACUCUGAGACGCCGCGGGUGAAGCCCCUGGCGCUGCGAGAGCCUCCAUACGUUCCCUUCGCGCGGCAGGACUUCGCCAGGCCAUGGACUGGUAGAGCCCCUCUUUCAAAAUCCAAGAAAAUGCUGCCCAAACUCCACUCUUCCCGCCCCGUCAAGCCCCUCAGCCCCUUCCUUAUGGUCAAUGGCCCUAAUUAUCGCGCUCCCACCAGGGAAGAGAUUUUGGGUGAGCCCCUUACCAAAGAGGAAAAACAACAGCUUCUACUCAAGAGCAUACGCUGCACCCGUCAAGUCAAUCUCGGAAGGGAUGGCUUAACCCAUAAUAUGUUGGAACUAAUCCAUACUCACUGGAAGCGUCAGCAAGUUUGUAAAAUAAAAUGCAAAGGUGUUCCUACAGUAGAUAUGGAAAAUGUUUGCCAUAAUCUUGAGGAGAAAACUGGAGGAAAGAUUAUUUAUCGUCAUGGUGGAGUUGCUCAUCUUUUCCGUGGCCGGAACUAUAAUUACAAAAGCCGCCCAAGGUUUCCCUUGAUGCUUUGGAAACCUGCAACACCUGUCUAUCCAAAGCUGAUUUUAAGGGCUCCUGAAGGACUGACAGUCGAAGAAGCAGAUGCCUUAAGAAGGAAAGCACGACAUUUACCAGCUAUUUGCAAAUUAGGGAAAAAUGGUGUCUAUCUUAGUCUUGUAAGAGACAUCAGAGAUGCUUUUGAAGAAACAGAGCUGGUACGGAUAAAUUGCCAUGGAAUGAAACCUACAGAUUAUAAAAGAAUAGGUGCCAAACUGAAGGAGCUGGUUCCUUGUGUACUGCUUUCUUUUGAUAAAGAGCAUAUUCUUAUGUGGAGAGGCAAGGAAUACAAAGUUAAGAAUCCAAGAAAAAGUGUCCCGGUUCAUUCUGCUUAUGGCAGUGAAUGUGUCAGUGAUGAUUCGACCAAUUCUAGGGUUGCUGACAUUCCAUUGCCUGAUCAAAUCGUUUGUACUAAGUUGGGGCAAUCAACUAACUUGAACAAAGAAUUAGUAAAGCAAAGUGUUUCUUCAUCUAAAGAUACUUCUCUUGAAGAUGAUAUGACCACUAAUAAAUGCAGAGAACCUCUUGAGGAUGAAUCCAGCAAGUUGCAUAUUUCAAUGCAGCCCAUAGAUUUUCUGGCUUCGGUUGAAAAAGAUAGAUAUGGUAUUGAUAAUUCCAGAGAUGAAACGGAUAUAAUGGUAAAAGAUUCAAGUGGAUUUGCAAAUGCUUCAAAGAGAAGUGAAGUAGUACAUGCUUCAGGCAGGGAAUGCCAAUCAAAUGGUACUCGUGUCACUGAAUACACUGGUGGUAAUUUAUCAACUGAUGAUACCACUGUUACUGUAAAUUCUUCUGAAAUAUUGUCAGAAUCAGUGCAUUUUCCAUCAACAGGAGAUAAAGUGUUCAACGCAAAAUGUAUGGAGACUGCAGGGAAUGAUAAUCUUGAUUUAUUAAAGCUUGAUUGUCCAAAACUGAAUCAUAUGCAUGUAGUUGGUUACGAGUCUGAAGAUAGAGAUACCAAGGAAAAGGGAAGUCUGACAACAAAAGAAGAUAAUGAAUGCAGCAAAACAGCAAGCAUUGAGUCCUUAUGGCAGCAAGCAGUUGAAUCAAGGCUAGCUUUAUUGUUGGAUGGACCUUGUUUGGAUCCAGAUGGUAUCAUGGAAAAUUACGUCAACUCUGCACAAACAGCACCCUCAGGACCAGACAUCAAGCAUAAACAUGCUUUGUCAGCUAGAAAGGAUAGGAGACAUAGGAAGAAAUCUGCUAAAGAUGAAAGAAAUCAAUCUGAAGGGAAGAAAACAUAUCAACAUAUAAAUUCCAAGCAAGUGGAAGAAAUACUUCCUUCCUCAGAUAAAGUACCUCCUGGGAUGCUGCCUUUGGAUGAUCUUGCUAAGCUUCUUUUGGCACCAUGAGUUUGUACUUAACAUGUAAAGAAACAUAAUCGUGAAUUUAUGACUUCAAAUUUUCGUGUACAUAUUUCAUAUGUAAAUAGUUUUAGGUUUAAACUUGAUUCUGAUCAUGACAUCGUAUAUACAGGGGAAGGUAUGUCCUAAAUCAGUAAUUUGCGAUAAAACUGUAAAUUCAAUUUGCACAGAGGCCUUAAUCAUUAUAUUGUCAAAAGCGUGUAACAAACGACCAAUAUAUAUGGAUAUUCAUUUCUACUUCUAA